GGAAAGGAGGGAGAGAGAGGCAGCGGCGGUCAGAGUCAGAUGCUCAAGGCUGGGCUCACGCUUUCUUUAUGUGCAAUCGCAAAGAUACUGCGAAAAUCAUGUGGGAAUGGUUGCGGUGUUCGGGGACCAAAACCAAGCACAAAGCUCAGAAUCAACAGACCUUGCUCGGCCACCGGAGCGGCGAUGCCGAUCACGCCGCGGAGGACGAUCCAACGGCCACCGUCGCAUCAACGCUGAUGGUCCUGGUAGCCUGGCUGAGCCGCCGCCGUAGACGAUACCUCCUCCUCGCCCUCUGCUCGCCGGUCCUCAUCCCCUUCCUCUGCGCGACCUUCCCCCUCCUCUGCGCCGCUGAGGUCUGCAUCCGCCUCUGCCGCCUCCGUCGCCGCCGGAGACUCCUCAAAUCUGCUCCUCCCACCGACGACCACGGCGGCGAUGGGAUGCACCUCUGCGAGGAAGGCCGAUGCGGCGGUGGUGAAGGCGGUGAAUCGGUUCUCCUGCAGAGGUAUCUCGAAAACCAAUUGGUUCUUGCUCUUGGAUCUGUACAUGACUGUGGCGAUUACGAUUACGAUGAGGACGACCACGACGACACGCCAGAUGAAGGCGGUGGCGGCGGAUGAAAGUUUUAAGAGUAGAAGGCACCUUUCGCCAUCGUAGACCCGUUCCUUGUGGUUUCAAUCUGUACAGAAGAUGGCAAUUCGACGAUGAAAUUGAAGGGUGGAAGAUUCUCUUCUUUCAGGUGAUUAUGAAUGCGGAGAUCGGGACGUGGAGCGUGGUGGAUCAAUGAAAAAGAAUUUUUCAAGAAUUUAAGUUUUAGUUUCCUUUUGAAACAAAGUUCUUGGGGUUGAACUCUGAUCUUUUCUUAUAUGUAUGCCAUAAAGCAUGUCUUGGAUUUUUAUCUAAUUUCAAGGAAGUAUGAGUUUGGCUUUAAGCUCCGGAUAUUUUUAUAUAUGUUAUUGCUAUAAAGAAUCUUCGCGAAGUCUCGUUUCUUCUGUUGAAACCAUGUUUCCAUGUCAAA